AAAAGGUAACAGGCAUUAUAUUUGUUUAUUAUUUUAUAUGUUUGUGUUGCAUAUAAAUGUAUUUUGUGUGGCAGUGAAUGAUUGUUCUGCUUUUCUUGUUUUAAAUAAUUAAAAAAGACUAGUCACUCAAACUUUUUGCCAUUAUUCAAAUUUGGUCAUUGUAGAAUAUGAAAAACUUCUGUCGAAAUAUAUAAAGGUUGCAACUUCCAUAUUAGCUACAACAGUGUUGAUGUUGUUUACAGUUUUCCAACAUUUUACAUAAACAAUUAAAUCAAAUUAGCAUGGGACAGGAUGUUGCCUCAUUCACGAGGUGUGGAAAAUCCAUUGAAAGUUUGAUCAUUGAAAAUAUAAAUAGAGGUUUUAAUAGGAUGAAGUCAGUAUGUAAAGGUAGGGCAGGAUGGCCGGACUUGCAUGCUUAUGUGGAGUGCUAAUGCUUGUGUUAAGCAUUGCAAACGCACAGCAAAAGACAACCACAAGAAAUAAUGUGAUCUAUACAUUUUCUCACUUUGGUAAAAACUGGACUUCAAGUGAAUCAGCAUGCCACGAAUAUUACAAUGGAAACCUGGUAACUACUCCAACUAAAAACUUGCAAGACUACCUGGCUAGCCAGCUUAACUUUGGAUGGAGUGGUGAGUUCUAUUGGAUUGGGUUAAAGAAUGAAAGUGGUUGGAGGUGGGUGACAGGAAAUCCUCUUACUACAACUAAUUGGGACCAAGUUAAAGGGGUUGGGGAUUGUGUUGUUGCGUUGAGGGUGAAUGGAAAGUGGAAACAAAUGCAGUGCAGCAGUCAACAUCAAUAUAUAUGUGAAUCUAAAUUCACUAAGCAAGAAAACUACUUCCGAUUGAAUGGAACUGGCCGGCUACACUUUAUAAGCCAUGCUAAACUACGUCACCAAGAAGCUGUGCAGAUGUGUGGGAAAGUUAACAAACAACUGGCUGUGGUUGAUACACCGGGGUUGCAAGAUUUGGUGGCACAAAAGUUGAACAUGAUCAGCGGGAAUGAGUUUUAUAUUGGGCUCUCAAUGGAUGGCAAUGUCCUUACAUGGGGUGAUGGGAGAACCCUUGCAAGCACUGGGUUUAGUAAUUGGGACGAAGGCUACCCCGAUAUUAUAGAUGAGAGAGACUGUGUGUAUGUUAAUAAAAAAGGCAAAUGGAGAAAUGGUUUGUGUACUACACCGAGAAACUUCAUUUGCCAAGAACUGAGUCCAGUUAUACUACCAACAACAACUCAACGAGACUACACAACUUUGGGCAUGAGUUCUACAAUUCUAGGUUUCAAUACUACGAACACAACUACGGAAACAUCACAAAACAUAGACAUGACAGGCCACUUCACCACCACAAUAGUGGUCGGCAAGCUUGCCUCCGCAAGGUUAUGGGUCCGAGGCUGAACGCUGCUACCAUUGUGAGCGUUUGUGUCCUUCAGCAAGACAAUUAAUGUGACACACCCUUCAACUACAAGCAAUGCAAGUUAUGGACCAACAAGAACAACAAGUGUGAUUGCUGUCAACGUACUUUUAACUUAUGUGUUUUACUUUACCACAAUGUAACAGCCUAUUUAACACCGUCACACAUUAUGCUCCCAUAUCACUUUGCUAUUACUGUAUAACCAUGCAGCAAAAUGAUUAAUACAGACCUCGACAAAGUUAUUAUUAAACAACUAUAAAGAGUAUAUAUGAAUAUAUAUAUAUAAUUCAUAUUAUUAAAAUGAUUUUUUUUAAUCUUAAAAUUGCUAUUUUUCAUAUGCAGAGUGCAGACAAACAUUUGGUACAAAACUGCGAAUGGAAUUCCAAUGUUUAUAAUUAUAGAAAGUUUUUCUUUCAAAUUAUUGUACAUAUUGUACGUUUGAUGAUUGUUUACUUAAUAUCAUAGAUUUAAAUAAAUUUUACUGUUUUCAGUAAAUUUACACAAUCAAUAUAUUUUUCAUGAGUUUCAAUAAGCCAUAUUGUAGUUACAGUAAACGCUGAAUGCUCCGAUAUGUGGAGUGUGUGUUUAAUAAAACCACCUGUAUACUGUG